AUGAGGGGGGGCGCUCCACAGAGAGGCGUGAAGACCACAUGUCUGUGGGCGGCCGCUCUGCUGCUGUCCGUCGUCUCUCUGGUUACCAGUGCUGAUUCACCGAGUCCGGGACAUUCGGACCUGAGAGAGCGCUCAAAAUCCAGAGUGAAGACCUACUGGACGGACAGCAGCAAGGCCGUCUCCAUCAGCCGCCUGCUGUCCCAGACCCUCUACGGCAAAGAGAACUUCACCUCCCUGGACCUGAACUACGACGAGGUGGACUCCUUCUCGAAGCAGCAGCAGUGGAACUGGCUCAACAACGCAUCGAACCCCCGCGACGCUCGAUCCAGGACCAAGCGGAGGCCCAUCGUCAAGACCGGCAAGUUCAAGAAGAUGUUCGGUUGGGGCGACUUCCACUCCAACAUCAAGACGGUGAAGCUCAACCUCCUCAUCACGGGUAAGAUCGUGGAUCACGGGAACGGGACGUUCAGCGUCUACUUCCGCCACAACUCGACCGGUCAGGGCAACGUCUCCGUGGGACUCGUUCCACCGACCAAAGCCGUGGAGUUCCAGGUCCACCAGCAGCAUCAGCAAUACCACCACAACCACAACAACCACCACCAGCAGCAGCAGCAGCAGACGGCUCUGGAGACCAAGGACAACAAGCUGUUCAACUGCCGGGUGGAGUACGAGAAGGUGGAGAAGGGCACCAGGAACUCGCUGUGUGCCCACGACCCCUCGCAGAGCUGCUCGCAGGAGCAGACCCAGAGCCACGUGUCCUGGCUGUGCUCCAAGCCCUUCAAAGUCAUCUGCAUCUUCAUCACCUUCUACAGCACCGACUACAAGCUGGUGCAGAAGGUGUGUCCAGAUUACAACUACCACAGUGACACCCCGUACCUCCCCACGGGGUGA